AUGGGAACGCGACAAUCACCCUUCACCAUCAUCAACAUCAACAUCAACUGCCUCUCCAGUCUCCGGGGCAAUCUUGAAGCCAUGGCCGAUAACGAAGAAAUUGGUCUUGAGGAGCGUUUGAAAUCAGCUCUGUGGCUGUCAAUCGGGAAGAUCGUGGACGAGGAGACUAUCAAGCUGGGUGUCAACGCAACCCCCCCAGUUUAUUGGUGCGCUCACAGAGAUGAGACGGUCAGCCAAGAUCUUGAGUCGUUCGCCAAGCAUGCCGGGCGCUCAACUGUUAACGUCUCGGAUGUGAUGUUGCUGGCCCGCCGCAACGAAGGCCUGGAAUCUAUCCUUAAGGCCUUUGUCGAGCAGCAGCGUGAAGAGACAUCCUAA